GUUCUUGCUGGGUAGCCUAUGCUUACCUCACAUUUGUGCUCUUCCUGCCUGGGUCUCCUGAGUCCUGGGCUUACAGGUUGUUCCACUGUGCCUGACUUUGCUGUCAUGCAUCCUGCCAGUGCUUCUCAACUUUCUUCCAUUCACACUAAGUACACUAAGAUAGAUGAUGAUGUUGGCGGCUGGAAGAGCCUAACCAGGAAGCUGGCUAGGAAGAAACGACUACAAAAAGAACUGUUGGCUUUGCAGAAUGACCCACCUCCUGGAAUGACUUUAAAUGAAAAGAGUGUUCAGAAUUCAAUCACGCAGUGGAUCGUAGACAUGGAAGGUGCACCAGGAACCUUAUAUGAAGGGGAAAAAUUUCAACUUUUGUUUAAAUUUAGUAGUCGAUACCCUUUUGACUCUCCUCAGAAGACUGGUCCCCGGCGCUCUCAGUGCAGUCAGUCUGUCUCAGCAUUAUCAGCAUGCUUUCCAGCUGCAAAGAAAAGAGACGACCACCAGAUAAUUCCUUUUAUGUGCGAACAUGUAACAAGAAUCCAAAGAAAACAAAAUGGUGGUAUCAUGAUGACACUUGUUGAUGCCGCUGCCCUCCUCCUGUAGCAGAAGAUAGUCCUACUGAGAAAUGAGCACUUUGAUCAUUCAGUCUUUGAACUUUAACCUUUGACUGGAAGUGACCUAUAGGCAAUGAAGACUACUUCCUUUUACUGCAUUUUUACUCGUGUGCAUUCUGGGCGCAUGUUGAUCGCUGGUUCAGUCCAGUCAANUGACAUGCUUUUAUUAGUCAUACAGUAUUAAUGCAGGUGUCAGGAAAUGUCAAAUAUAAUUCCAUUUUUUAUUUUUAUUUUUUUAAGCUUUUGGAAAAGUUCCAGGUCCUCAUGUAUUGUGCAAUAACAGUGACUUCCUCAGUGGUUUGGGGACGUUCAUUGCCGGCAAUGGACGUUGUAAAAGGAAGAGUUUUCUGAACUCCCNCCACUCGGUGAUUAAUGCAUGAUAGGGCCUAUGAAAUGAAUUUAUCAGUUGUUGUGGGAUUAUAAGGAAAGUGAGGGAUCCAACAUUACAUUGAAAGCCACCCCAAUUGUUUAUAUUUGGAUUCUAUGCACUGUGAUCCUAAGGCUAACAGCAUGAAAUUACAUGCAUCUUUAAAGGACCGUAAGAAAGAUNAUUGCAUAUUUAUUUAAUUGUUUAUAUCUGCUGUCAAAUUGUUUUGACAUGGAAAGUUUUCAAGGAACAUUGGCAGAGAGGUACAAUAUGUUAUCCCUAUGGUGAAAAUAAAUUCAUUUGUUGUAUAUAGUCCUCAAUCUCUGAAGUAAAGGUGUGAAUAAUAGAGUGUGAAUGGUUUAACCAAGGCGUUGUUUGGGAAGUAAAAGAAAAAAUGGCAGUGAUGAUUAAAUUACUGCCAUCCAUCAUUUGGGNCUGUUAUUAUUUUUCCAAGUAUAUUAUACUCUGUUACUUCCUGCUAGCCAUCAGCAUGAGCCCUAUUGCCUAAACACUAUUUCAUUUAUUUAUGUUUGGAAAAAAAUCCAUAAACAUUUUUGUUUGUAAUCUUGUUUCUUUUGUUAUGUUUUCAGUUGUUUAAAUGUUAUAAUACUUUAAUUGAAAGAAUUUUGUCAAGUUUUUUUUUUUCUUGUAAAUUUUCUUUACUUGUAUCAUCUUGUCCUUCAAUACUGUACCCUAAAAUGAGAAAUACAUUUUUGACAGAGGCUUAAUGUUUUAACAAAAGAGUGUGGACAUUUUUAUUUUAAGAUUUUGGUAAAAGGAUACUAUAAAAACCAUGUUUGCUUACUUGUCUCACAUACCCAUUGUGUAGGGCUUCGUGGAAGAAUUUGUUUUGUUUGUUGAGAAGAUUUUGCCUACAGUUAGAUGAAGUUUUUCUGUCUGCCUGUCUGUCUGUCUCUACUCUUAUCUAUCUCUAUGUAUGUAGGUAUCUAUCUAUCAUCUCUCUCUCUCUCUCUCUCUCUCUCUCUCUCUCUCUGAUCUAUAAAACAAUUGUUGAGAAGGUUCCAUCCUAAAUACCAUGUACCAUGUAAUGAUUCUAUAACUAGGUCUUUUUAAGAAGUGAUUAAUGUAUUUUAUAAAUUACCUUUUCACAUAUGCAAGCUCUGUUUCUAUGACAAUGUUAUUUUUACUGAUGCCUUACUGUUACAGUCUUUUUGAAUAUCCUGCAGUGAAUAUAUUAAUCAAUUUGGGCUAAAAAUAAAAGCCAGUUGGCUGAAAGGUCUGACGGUAUGUAAACCCAUAAAAAUCAUUCAACUGAUAAUUGGUAAAGAAUAUUUGAAAAAAUGUUUUUAAUCUCUGUGUAGAUGACAUUUUGUAGCUUUUUACAUGUUGUUAAUUAAGGGCAUAUAAUUUUACACUCUAAAAGUAUAACUGCUGAACUCAGGGGUGGGUAGACUUCAAAAAUAUGUCUACUGUAGAAAUAACUUGAAAAAAAUUAAAUCCGUGGCCAGCCACCAAA